UACCCACAAGAACCUCUAGCUACCGUAGCUUAGUUGAGCUUCCUAGCUGUAGCCAUGGCCAAGUAUUUCCAGAGUGCUCCUGUUAGCAAUGAAGCACUGAAGCACAAGGAGAUUCUCUUGGACGGCCUGUACAUGCACCAGGACCUUGACGGAUCACCAAAUCAGAACCAGAAAACUAUAGUGAAUCCUAACCUCCCUCUGCAGUUCGGCUGCACCGUGGCUAAUGACUGGAUCAUAUAUGAUGGCCUUGGCCCCGAUAAGAAGCUUGUUGCACGCGCACAAGGGCCACAUAUGGGGGCAGGUAUAACCAAAGGAAGCUGGUUCAUAUGUUUCAACAUGGUGUUCGUCGAUGAGAGGUUUGCGGGUUCCAGCCUUAAGGUGCUCGGACAUUUUGAAGAGCCGGUAGAAGGUGAGUGGGCAAUCCUUGGUGGGACAGGAGAGUUUGCCUAUGCACAAGGUGUGGUGACCUUCAAGAAAGUCCAGGACGGAAGCACUAGGGUCAGACAGCUUCAGAUACGUGCCAUCUGCCUCAGCUUUCCAUCGUCACUUUCAAUGCCUACGAAGAUGGGGCCAUGGGGUGGAAAUGGAGGCUCCAUUCAAGACAUCACCACCGGAACCCCGAUGCGCCUGCAAAGUGUGACACUCAGCAGUGAGAGCAGCUGGAUUGUCUCUCUUGCAUUUACUUAUAUUGACAAACUUGGGAAGAGGCGCAACGAAGGUCCCUGGGGUCCUGACAAAGGGAACAGUCAAACUAUCGAGUUCGGACCUAAAGAAUAUGUGACGGAAAUAUCAGGGACAAUUGACAAUGUCAUAUCGUCACUUGUUAUCACGACAAACAUGAAAAAGUAUGGGCCGUUUGGGCAUGAGAAGGGCAAUCGUUUCAGCGCCGCCGUGCCAGAAAACACAUGUGUUGUGGGAUUCUUUGCCAGGACUGGGAAUGCUCUUGAUGCCGUUGGUGUUUACCAUGGCCCCAUCAUGGUUUGAAUGGGAUUCAUUGGCAUUUUGCUUUAGUGUUUGGCAAUCUCAUGCUAGUUUAUUUCAAGGAAAAGUGUGUUAGUUUCACCAUUUGUUUUUCAAUAAUAACAUGGCUAGGGUCCUCCGUACGUGUAUGAUCCAAGUCGCUCUAGUGCGAGAGUACUUUGUUUAAUUUGUCGCCUACUAUAUUCUAUCUGCAAUAAAUAAAGUGAUGCAAGAUUGUUUUCUAGUGAAA